AUGGAUUUUAAAAAAAGACUGAUGCCCAAAUCAAAUUUCAAACUUACAGCACCAUCAUUGGUUGAUCCUUCAAAAGUUAGUCGUACAAGGUUAGCUGGAUUGAAUGAUUAUAGAAGACCUAAAAUUUCAAAUUUUAGACAAACACAAUCACGUACAAGAACUACUAAAGUUGAUAAAACCAAAUCAAAUAUAGAUGAGAAAAUUAAUGAAAUUGACAAAAUAAAAUCAUUACAUCAACUUACUCCUGAAUUUAUUAAACAAAAUUACGUGUAUGUAUUAAUUAAUUACAAGUCAGAAUUUUUCAAAGAAUUCAAGUUCAAAACAAAAGAAGAUAUUUAUAUUGGUCCUUACAAAUUACUACAUAAAUUAGAUGAAGAAACAUUUGAAGUUGAAGUAGGAUUAAGUACAAAUUAUGAUACAAAAUUUUCUAAAAAUUUAUUAAAAUUUUAUUCAGUAAAUUUAGUACAACCACAUCCAAGAAAUUUACAACAUUUUAUUGCGACAAAUUCAAUAGAAUCAAUUAUAGGUAUUAAUGAAACACAAAUUAUUUUAAAAUACUGCAAUAAAGAAUUUGGAGUUGUUUUUAAUUUAAAAUUUGUUGAAAAAGAAAUGGGAUCAAGAGAGUUUAAAAAAUUAUAUAAAAAAUGUAUAGGUAUAAAAUGA